AUGUUCCCUUACCUCGCGUUCGGCCACAUCAACCCCUUGCUGCAGCUCGCACGCUCGCCCUGCGCUACCGGGAGUGGCGUGCGCAUCACCUUCCUCUCCGCUAACGCCAACGUCCCACAGAUCGAGUCGCUUCUCCCCGCUUCCAUGUCUACCUCUGUUGUCUUGAUCCACCUGUCGGCUGUGCUCGGCCUGCCCUUGGGCGUCGAUAGCACGGCCGACCUCUCCCCGGCGUCACCAGCGGCCAAGCUCCUCAAGCCCGCCGUGGACGGGACCAGGCCCCAAGUGGAGUCCCUCCUCCGUGAACUCCGUCCACACCUAGUCGUCUUCGACUUCGGCAUGCAGUGGCUGCCAGAGGUUGCGGAGCCGCUUGACGUGUGGACGCUCUUCUUCUUCUUCGUCUUCGUGGUGAUCUCCACCGCCUACCUCACCGCCCCCGCACGGCGCGUCCACGGCCCCGCCCCGACUCUCGACGACAUCAUGUCGCCCCCUCCGGGCUUCCCGCCCAGUCUCUGCAGUAACGGGAGGUAG